AAAAAACAAAAUAAAAAACCACCGAAACUGUGACCGAUGGAAGAUAGAGAGAGAGAGAAUGAAAGGUUGAGAAAAUUGAGAGAUUGCGAGUGAGAUUUGAGCCUCACUCUGCUCACAAUCGUCCAAAUCCAUUCACUGAGAAGAAGAAACUGCCUUCUGCGCAAAGCAAUGGCUCUUAAUCGCAUACUUCAAUGCUUUUCUUCUUCUUUCUCCGGAUUUUGACUUUUCAAAAUAGUUAAUCGAACUCUGGAGUUGGUGAGUGUGUCACGAGCGCUUGCAUUAUUUGCUGAUAUAUCUAGUGUGAAUCUUUUACUGGAUUUUCUGAAACACCAAUGAUACCGAGUCAGAGCGCCAUGGCCGGCGAGAUCUUAAGCUCGAUUCUUUCUUUCUGAACAAUGCAACUGUAGAAACUUGUAGCAAAUACAGCAUUCUUAUUCUUCUGAUAGACUUGGCUUGGAACUUAUAAGAGCUAGAUAAGAUGUCAACUUGGGAUCAUAUUGGAGAGAUAGCGAAUGUUGCCCAACUCACGGGCGUUGAUGCGGUUCGACUAAUAGGAAUGAUAGUAAAAGCUGCAAGUACGGCUAGAAUGCACAAAAGGAACUGCAGGCAAUUUGCGCAGCACCUGAAGUUGAUAGGGAACUUGCUGGAGCAGCUCAAGAUCUCGGAGCUUAAGAAAUACCCAGAGACACGUGAGCCUCUGGAGCAGCUAGAGGAUGCCCUUAGAAGGUCUUACAUUUUAGUAAACAGUUGUCAGGACCGGAGCUAUCUUUAUCUCCUGGCCAUGGGGUGGAACAUCGUGUACCAGUUUCGAAAGGCUCAGAACGAGAUUGAUCGAUAUUUAAGGAUCGUUCCUCUUAUUACUCUUGUUGAUAAUGCUCGAGUGAGGGAGAGACUGGAAGCUAUUGAGAAGGAUCAACGUGAGUACACAUUCGAUGAGGAGGACCAAAAGUUGCAAACUGCUAUCCUGCAAAGGGAACCUUCAGUACAUGAAACUAUGGUUCUUAAAAAGACUUUAUCAUCUUCCUACCCAAACGUGGGGUUUAAUGAAGCAUUGAAAAAGGAAAAUGAAAAGCUUCAACGUGAAUUACAAAUAUCACAAGCUAAUAUGGAUUUUAACCAGGUUGAAGUGAUUCAGCGUUUGAUUGAUGUUACAGAAACUGUUGCAACAGGUCCUCUUCCAGAGGAGAGUUCACCCAAAAAACUUCCUAAGAAAGUAGAGAGCAACUAUUCUGAUGCUGAUAGUGAGAAACAUCAUUCAUAUAAUGAGCAAUCUCCUAAAACAAUUGAUUCUCGCAUGACAUCCAGAAACACAUCUUCAGUUUCAUCAGGGCAGGAUCUGCUGUCAAGAAGGGGCUCUUAUCAGGACGAAGAGUGGCAUACUGAUCUGCUCGGCUGUUGUUCAGAACCUCUUCUGUGUAUAAAGACAUUAUUCUAUCCUUGUGGCACAUUUUCAAAGAUUGCAACUGUGGCAACUAACCGGCACAUGUCUUCUGCAGAAGCAUGUAAUGAACUCAUGGCAUACUCAUUGAUAUUAUCUUGCUGUUGUUACACUUGCUGUGUUAGAAGGAAGCUUCGUAAGACAUUAAACAUCACGGGAGGGUUUAUUGAUGAUUUCUUGUCACAUUUGAUGUGUUGCUGCUGUGCUCUUGUCCAAGAAUGGCGAGAAGUGGAAAUCCGCGGCAUCUAUGUUGUAGGUCCUGAGAAGACAAAAAUGAGCCCCCCAACUUCACAAUUCAUGGAAUCAUAAUGAGCAAAGGAAAGCUCAAAUUAGCUGCUGCUAGGAGAUUCCUCCAACUUCAAAGAGCAAAUAUGGAGGUAUCGACCAGCUGCCACUGUCAUAUAAAACUUGUUUUGAGAAUGCUUCUCCCUAUGUAAAGUAAUCUCCAGAUUUCACAUGAUGUACUAUAUACUAAUUUCUGUAAGGUAUAGUGCUGUUUGAGUUAAUUACUUGGUUUUAUGCA